UUUUAGUGUAACUCCAUAAGACACAGAAAAAUGGUUUAGAAUGCUGACCAGUUAUUUACAAGCUGAAAGAAGAUCUGCUGCCGAUUCUUCAGAGUUAUUCCUAAAGUGACAAAAUUCAGAUACGAGAUACGUUUUUUCAUAUGUAAGCAAAAGAUAUUUCAAAUAUAAAUAAGAUUAAAAUAACAUAAAAUCCAGUUUACACAAACUUGUGUGCUAGUAGGGAGAAGAUCUUUGGGCUCACAGCAAGAUUAGCUAAUUUUAAAAUAUUAAUAGAAAUAAGGGACAAGUUAGUGUGCUAAUGUAAGUGGUAGAAUAAAAGCAUUUAUGCACUAACUUUUUGAUUUUGUAUUUUAAUUUUAUUCAGAGAUCACAAUGCAGACAUCAGAGACUGGGGCGGAUACAGGUUCGACUGUGACUUUACAGACAUCUGUGGCUGGCCAGGCAGCAGUGCCCACACAGGUAGUACAGCAAGUACCAGUUCAGCAACAGGUACAGCAAGUACAGACUGUGCAACAGGUACAGCAUGUCUACCCAGCCCAGGUUCAGUAUGUGGAGGGAAGUGACACAGUCUACACUAAUGGAGCUAUCCGAUCAACAACUUAUCCUUACACAGAAACCCAGAUGUACAGUCAAAACACUGGGGGAAAUUAUUUUGAUACUCAAGGAAGUUCUGCACAGGUGACAACAGUGGUCUCGUCUCAUAGCAUGGUGGGCACUGGAGGGAUUCAGAUGGGCGUAACAGGAGGACAACUCAUUAGCAGCUCAGGAGGAACCUAUCUGAUUGGCAAUUCAAUGGAAAAUUCUGGUCAUACAGUGACUCAUACAACACGGGCCUCCCCAGCGACACUUCAAUGGCUUUUAGACAACUAUGAAACUGCAGAAGGAGUGAGCCUUCCAAGAAGUACCCUUUACAACCAUUACUUACGACACUGUCAGGAGCACAAGUUGGAUCCAGUCAAUGCUGCUUCAUUUGGAAAACUCAUACGGUCAAUUUUCAUGGGACUACGGACCAGAAGACUUGGAACUAGGGGGAAUUCUAAAUAUCAUUACUAUGGGAUUCGUGUUAAGCCAGACUCUCCUCUUAAUCGGCUACAAGAGGACAUGCAAUAUAUGGCCAUGAGACAACAGCCCAUGCAGCAGAAACAGAGGUAUAAGCCUAUGCAGAAAGUGGAUGGAGUUGCAGAUGGCUUCACAGGAAGUGGUCAACAGACAGGCACAUCUGUUGAACAAACUGUAAUUGCCCAAAGUCAACAUCAUCAACAGUUUCUAGAUGCAUCUCGAGUACUGCCAGAGUUUGGAGAAGUUGAAAUAUCUUCUCUGCCAGAUGGUACUACCUUUGAGGACAUCAAAUCACUACAGAGUCUUUAUCGAGAGCACUGUGAGGCAAUACUGGAUGUUGUUGUUAAUCUUCAAUUCAGCCUGAUAGAAAAAUUGUGGCAAACUUUCUGGCGCUAUUCUCCUUCUGCUCCACCUGAUGGCACUCCUGUUAAUGAACCAAGCAAUCUGAGUGAAAUAGAAAGUCGACUUCCUAAAGCAAAGCUGAUUACUCUGUGCAAGAAUGAGUCUAUUCUGAAAUGGAUGUGUAACUGUGACCAUGUGAUGUACCAGGCUUUGGUGGAGAUUCUCAUUCCUGACGUCCUUAGACCUAUUCCUAGUGCCUUGACCCAAGCCAUUCGCAAUUUUGCAAAAAGCCUUGAAGGUUGGCUUUCAAAUGCCAUGAACAAUAUUCCACAGAGGAUGAUACAAACCAAGGUUGCCGCUGUAAGUGCCUUUGCCCAGACUCUGCGAAGAUACACAUCUCUUAAUCACCUGGCUCAAGCAGCUCGUGCUGUGCUUCAAAAUACUUCUCAAAUCAACCAGAUGCUCAAUGAUCUCAACCGUGUUGAUUUUGCCAAUGUUCAGGAGCAGGCUUCCUGGGUGUGCCAGUGUGAUGACAACAUGGUUCAGAGACUCGAAACAGAUUUCAAAAUGACUCUUCAACAGCAGAGCACUCUGGAGCAGUGGGCUGCCUGGCUUGAUAAUGUAAUGAUGCAAGCAUUGAAACCAUAUGAAGGAAGACCCAGCUUUCCUAAAGCAGCACGGCAAUUUCUGUUAAAAUGGUCUUUCUACAGCUCAAUGGUGAUUCGGGAUUUAACCUUGCGCAGUGCUGCUAGCUUUGGCUCUUUUCAUCUGAUCCGCUUGCUUUACGAUGAAUACAUGUUUUACUUAGUAGAGCAUCGUGUUGCUCAGGCAACAGGAGAAACACCUAUUGCAGUUAUGGGAGAGUUUGGUGAUUUAAAUGCUGUGUCUCCUGGAAAUAUGGAUAAAGAUGAGGGCAGCGAAGUUGAAAGUGAAAUAGAUGAAGAGCUGGAUGAAAGUGGAGAGCCACAAGCUAAGAGGGAGAAAACUGAGCUGAACCAGGCAUUCCAGGUGGGCUGCAUGCAGCCAGUGCUUGAGAGUGGAGUACAGCAGAACCUCCUGAACCCAAUUCAUAAUGAGCACAUUGUUGCAACUACUCAGACUAUCAGACAAUGCAGUGCUACUGGAAAUACAUAUACUGCAGUCUAAUGUGAAACUUCCCCUGGCCUCCGACACACGCCCCAUUGCAUUUUAGCUGUUUAGGUUUACUA